AACAAUUAAUAAUCGACACCGUAGGUUAACAACCAGUCUGAUGUUUCAAGAUGUCUGACAAACGGAACGUUGCGUUGAUAACUGGAAUAACAGGACAGGAUGGAUCAUACCUUGCAGAGUUCCUGAUCAAAAAAGGAUAUGAGGUGCAUGGAAUCAUACGUAGGUCUAGCUCUUUCAAUACAGGACGCAUCGAGCAUCUUUAUGCCGACAAGACUGCUCACAGUGGUGGAUCCAUGCAUCUGCACUAUGGAGACUUGACAGACAGCACCUGCCUUGUGAAGAUCAUGAGCCAAGUGAGGCCUACCGAGGUCUACAAUCUUGGUGCUCAAAGUCAUGUCAAGGUGUCAUUUGACCUCGCCGAGUACACUGCCAAUGUUGACGCCCUCGGAACGCUGCGCUUGUUGGAUGCAAUUCGGACUUGUGAUCUCUCCGACAGUGUCAAAUUUUAUCAAGCAUCCACUAGUGAAAUGUUCGGAAAGGUGCAAGAAAUCCCUCAGAAAGAGACCACACCUUUCUAUCCUAGAUCACCCUACGGUUGCGCAAAGGUGUAUGCCUACUGGAUAGUGGUGAACUACAGAGAGGCGUACAACAUGUUUGCCUGCAAUGGAAUACUCUUCAACCAUGAGAGUCCUAGGAGAGGUGAGACUUUUGUGACAAGAAAGAUCACAAGAGCUGUAGCUAAGAUAAUCCUGGGACAACAAAAGUAUGUAGAGCUGGGCAACCUGGACUCCGAGAGAGACUGGGGCCAUGCUAAAGACUACAUAGAGGCAAUGUGGCUAAUGCUUCAGCAUGUUAAGCCAGAAGACUUUGUGAUCUCCACAAACGAAGUCCACAGUGUUCGACAGUUUGUGGUGGCAGCUUUCAAAAAAGUGGAUAUAGAUGUUGUCUGGGAGGGUGAGGGUGUUUCAGAGGUGGGAAAGAACAAGGCAACAGGGGAGGUACUGGUGAAAGUGAACCCCAAGUACUACAGGCCUACUGAAGUGGAAUUCCUCCAAGGUGAUUGCUCAAAGGCCAAAGAAAAGUUAGGCUGGAAGCCUAAGUAUGACUUUGAUACACUUGUUGGAGAGAUGGUUGAAUCCGAUAUAAAUCUCAUGAAAUCCAGGCCUAUGGCUUAAAGAACAUCAUCGAAUAUGGAACCUUCAAACAUUCAAGUAUUGCUUAGUAAUGCUAAAAGGACUCCUAAAGUGGACUGCAUCAAGACAUUCUGAAUUCAUCUCUCUUCAUACCUCUUACAGCCAACCACACUGGAAUGUGUCCACUAGUGUUCAUUCACCUCUCUCUAUCUGUGGGACCAUAUUCCAUCUGGCUAUAUAACAGUUUAAGAAUAUUUAGUUUGUAUUUUAUCAUAACUUGAUUUUUAUGCUCCUACCAAAAUUAAAGCGAAAUAGUGUUUACCCAAUCAUUGUGGGUUUGUGUGACCAAACUUUGUCUUGCUUUAAGGAAUUUUGCAAUAAAUAAGCACAAAUGAUUCUUAUAUCAAAACAAUGUGCUGCAUGCAAUACCCAUGUCCCUAGGUUAAAGGUCAAGGUCAAAGAAUGCCUUUCCAUGUAAUUAAAAAAUAAAAUUGGAUGUUAGUGUCUAGACCAUUACUUCAGUAAAUGUGUGUACAAGGUUUCAGGAUUUUGAAAUAAAUAGGUACAAAUAAUUAUCAUAUGUCAUAUACCAUGUCACUUUCAAACAGCCAUGUUGUUUGCUUCAAGGUCAUGGUCAUAAUGUUAAGUCGAAUUUUGUGCUGAUUCCUAAAAGAAAUGUAGUGUUAGUUUCCGAGUCAUUGAUUUAUUUUAAUGUGAAUUGUGCAAUUUUGGAAAUAAAGGGCUUAACUGAUCAUCAAUUCAAAAUGACAUGUUGUGCCCAUAAAAGAUCGCUACUUUAAUGUCAAGGUCAUGUUUGGAAGUUAAAUUAUUUUGACUAAGUGCUCUAUUUAUUUUGAUAGUUUAUGUGUUAUUUGUGGGGACACAUGUUUUGUUUGGGUACAUUUUGGGUUUUAUAGAUAUUUUAACAAAUUGAGGAAAUUUAUUAAGUAUAUGCCUAGAAUGUGUGUGCAUGUGUAUGUACUGUGCUGUUUAAGACAUUGUUAACAUUCCACAUUGUAAUUCUUAAACAAUGAAGCCAUAUAGCUUAUAAAGAGUUAUGGAGCUUGUUUGGUAUUUUUCAUUUACCAGGUAUUUACUACAAACUGCUCUUGCAUGUCUUUGAAAGAUGUAAAUGAUGUGAUUUUUUUUUUAAUGUGCCACAAAAGAUACGUCCAAUUUUCAUGUUGUUACAGCAUUAUUUGCCUUGAAACAAAAUCAUUAAAAUUGCAAAAUUAUAUUGUUCAAUCCAUUAUGUUAUUUGUUUAAUAUUGUUAGUCACGUUAGUGAUUAUGUUCUAUUAUUGAUAACUGUUCCAGUUGUUAUGCAUUGUGCAACAUGACUCAGUUUUUAUAAUGCUCCCCCAAAAUUUAUUUUGGGGGGGAGCAUAUAGUCGCCGCUUCGUCUGUCCGUGCGUGUGUGUGUGUGCGUUUGUCUGUCCGUCCGUGCACAAUUUUUUUCCAGGCUAUUUCUCAGCAACUAAUGACCGGAAUUCAAUGAAACUGUAUGGGAGGCUUCACUACCAAGAGGAGAUGUGCAUAUUAUCAGCGGAUUCUGGUCGGAUGAUUUUUCACAGAGUUAUGGCCCUCUGAAAUUUUCUAUAAAAAAAUUAUUGUCCCCCCCAAAUACUGUGCCCUCAAGACGUUUCCUUUUAUCUGAAUAAAUAGUGCAAUAUUGGGACCCAAAAAAAACGUUGGGGAGCAUCAUCCGUUUCCGACGGUCGCUUGUUGAUAAUGUUGAAAGUGUGCUCAAAAUUGGCAAGCAUGCAUCAACCAUCAAUGUCACAAAUAUUUUUCAAUUUCUGAUUAGGCUACACUUGCCAACAUGCAAAAUGCUUUUAUACAAGUAUAAUUGCAUUAUUCUCGCAAGUUUUACCACUUAAUAUUUAUCCUUAUAUGUCUCUUAAAUACUACUAACUUAUUCUUAAGAAGCUUUGCCCAUAAUAGCCCACUGUGGCUGAUCAGUUAAUUAGUUGAACUACCUCAAUUUUCAUUAAGUCCUGUACACAAACUGGCUGUUGAAAAUGUCUGAUUGAAAAACGUGCAAAUGGAUGCAUACAUAUAAUGGAAACUAUUUCUUGUGAGCUUCAACGAAUAAAACAACAAUUGUCUGAAGAUCACAGUGUUUGAGUUUAGCAAUGCAUUGGUAAAGACAACAAUACACUUAAACAUCACUUUUCAUAUGUUUAAUUUGUUUAGUAAUAAUUAUAUUAUUUGUGCUGUAACUCAUGGGGAAACUAGGUCAAUUUUAGGCAUUUUUUAAUAAAAUUUCAGUGCACAGUUUUCGCUAAUAAUCUUAGAUUAUCAAACUGGAGCAAAUGUAUGGGCUCAACUGUUUUUUUUGGUAGCGCGUGCUACUUCCAUAAUUAUUGAAGAGUUAAUUCUCUUCUUUGGUUAAAUGGAAGUUUGCACAUGCAGUGUUAGAAUUAAGUUGUAUUUCUAUUCCAUGUUUUAUAGUUUGUGUAAAUAAAAUGUUGAUGGACAAUUGGCAUUUCACUUUGCUCUGUGAACAUGAUUGACAAUCAGGCUUUUUGCUGAUCUUAGAUUUAUGAUCAAUUUAUUUUAAAUUUUGUAUUUUACUUCUUAAACAAAUUACAAAUAUAUCUUGUAUGUUUUCAUAACAUAGCACACUAAGAUUCAGAUGUUUAAAAUGAUUUUCCAUUUUCCAGUCUAUGUUGAUGAAGGUAAGGUUUUAAGAGGCUAGUUUCAUGCCAGAGAUUAUAUUUUACAAUCUUUCUUUAUUGUUUGCUUAAUAACACAACUUAUUCUUAAGAAUUAAUGUUUUAUUUUUGUUGCAAAAUAACUAAUUUGUUCAAAGGUGAACAUAUGAGGAAAUGUACAUAAUUAUAUGUAAAGAUUAAACACACAGGCAUCUCUGACAGACUUAUCAUACAUAGUGGACAUCCUAUAUUUUACAGUUCUGAGUAUUUUUUUCUGAAGUUGAAAUCCAUAUUUGUAUUUAAUGUUUUUGUAUGCCACAGUUGUUAUCCACUGUGCAUUUCUCAUUAUUUGAAAAUUAAACUUAAAAAUAUACAUAUCAAUAUUUCAAACAUAAAUAAAGUGUUAAGUUAGUUUUAUGGUUUUGUUGGUUGCAAUCUCUUAUUAACAAUGAAAGCUUUUUGCUUUAUCAAAGUACUAUCACUAUUACUUAUAUUGUCUUUCCAUAAAAAAAAUAGAUGUAGUAAACUUUAUAGGAAUAUAUUUAUGCUAUAUUUUUACUUGUAUUAGUAAUGUGCGAACAUUAAAAUUAAUCCGCUUUAUAACAAAAACAAGUCUCAUAACAUCUGAGGUUACAUUUAUUUUGUUUGUAAACUGUACGUGGUUGUAAAAAUGUACGUUAAAUUUAUGUGGUUGUUACAGACAUGUAGAACCACGAGGGGGGAAAUAUUAUGUACUGUAUAAUCUGUUGCGGGUCUUUCACUUUUUAUAGGAUAAACAUUUAAAA